AUGGCUAGCAACGACCACUUCCGCCGGCUCAACUACCUGUACCAGCUGUCUGCGUGGCACACGCUGGCGCUCGCGCGCCACGACGGCGAGCAGGCGCUCGCCCGGGCGCACGCCCGCACGCUCGACCUGGUCGCGAAACGCACCCGCGCCAAGCUGCUGCCGCAGCUCAAGCGGACGCUGUGCAAGCGCUGCCACCGGCUGCUGCUCCCGCAGCGCACCGUCGAGUGCCGGCUCGACGCCAGCGACUCGCUCGUGCUGCGCUGCCGCUGCGGCAGCGCCAAGCGGUUCGCGGUCGGCCUCGACCGCGACCACAAGACCUUCUACGAGAAACCGGGCAACCUCCGCUGA